UUGCCCACUUUCUCUUUCUCUCUCUCUCUCCCUCUGAGAUUUUGAUUCUAGCAAAAGAAAAUCAAAGUCUCGAAAGCCUUGCCUUUGCUUUGAUUCUAGUUCCAUUCCAAAAUUGCAUCUAAUUCUCUUACCUUAGUCUUUUCUUCUUUUAUUUAUUAUCAACAACUCCAAAAUUCCAUAUGUAAUUAGGCAAAUCAAAUUGAAAAGAAAAUUUUCAAGAAAGAGCUAUACAUACACCUUUUGACCUUGUAAAGUUGGAACCCUAGAGAGACCUUUCAAGCAAAUCGAUCAGGUUUAACAAUUCCUUCUUCUUUCUUUCUUGUAUAGAUUUUUCCAAAUUCUUGGAAAGCAAUAUUAUGUCAAACCCUUGGUGGACGAACCAGAGUGGUUUAGCCGGUAUGGUUGACCACUCGGCCUCCGCCGGCCACCAUCAAAACCAUCACCACCAAAGUCUUCUUAGCAAAGGAGAUCUUGGUAUAGCCAUGAAUCAGAAUCAAGAAAACGACCAAGACGAAGAAGACGACUCUAGAGAAGGAGCUGUUGAGGUGGUCAACCGUAGACCAAGAGGAAGACCACCAGGAUCCAAAAACAAACCCAAGGCUCCAAUCUUUGUGACAAGAGACAGCCCCAACGCACUCCGUAGCCAUGUCCUUGAGAUCUCCGACGGUAGCGACGUUGCGGAGACAAUAGCUCACUUCUCUAGACGCAGACAACGCGGCGUUUGUGUUCUUAGCGGUACGGGAUCAGUAGCUAACGUCACCCUCCGUCAAGCCGCCGCAGCAGGAGGUGUAGUCUCACUCCAAGGAAGGUUUGAGAUCUUAUCUUUAACCGGUGCUUUCCUCCCUGGACCUUCCCCACCCGGGUCAACCGGUUUAACGGUUUACUUAGCCGGAGUCCAAGGUCAAGUCGUUGGAGGUAGCGUCGUUGGACCUCUCCUGGCCAUAGGGUCGGUCAUGGUGAUUGCUGCUACUUUCUCUAACGCUACUUACGAGAGAUUACCUAUGGAAGAAGAGGAAGACGGCGGCGGCUCAAGACAGGUUCAAGGAGGCGGUGACUCACCGCCCGGAAUCGGUAGUAGCCUGCCUGAUCCACCGGGGAUGGCCGGGACAGGGCCAGGCUACAAUAUGGCGCCGCCGCAUCUGAUUCCAAAUGGGGCAGGUCAGUUAGGGCACGAACCAUAUACAUGGGUCCACGCAAGACCACCAUACUGACUCAGUGAGCCAUUUUCUAAAUAUUCUAUAUAAAUAAAAUAUAUAGUGAUUUGAUGUUAUUAGUAUCUAUAUAUUACACAAAGCUUUGAUUGUUCGAAACAUAAAUAAGUGUCAAAGCUUUGAUUGUUUGGAAACAUAAAUAAGUGUCAAAGCUUUGGUUGUACUCUUAAUGGAAAUAUUAUAGAGCUUGGAAGGUACAAAGAGACGAGAUUAAUGGACAGUAUUACUCCCACGAAAUGAAUAAACAUUGUAUUGUAUAUUCGAAUGUUUGUCUUUUUGUUUUUGGUUUAGUAGGAUUUAAGUACAAUAUUUGUAUGUGUGUUGCUGUUGUGGUCUUUAGAUACUUUACAUUUUGAUUGGCACAAAUAUCAUAAGUUAUAAUAUAUGUAAUGGUGGUUCAAACGAUAAAGGAACAUCGAGAGUAUUGCAUA